AUGACCAUUGAAAGUGGGGUCAAUACCCUCUUAUUUCAGCCCCAUGCAAAGAAACCUAUAGACCUGAUUUUCACCCACUUAUCAUUAGCAAAUGUCUUGACAAUCAUUUUCACUGGGAUCCCAGAAAUCAUACUUCUGUUUGGAAUAAGACAUUUUCUGAAUGACAUUGGUUGUAAGGUAGUGCUGUACUUCUACCGAGUCAGCCGGGGUGUAUCCCUCUGCACAUCAUCUUACCUGAGUCUGUUCCAGGCCAUGACACUUGCUCCCAGAAAUUCCAGGUGGUCAUGGCUCCGAGGCCAGAUCUCCACACACCUCUUUCCUGUGUGCCUACUUUUCUGGAUUAUCAAUAUGCUGCUCUGUAUCCGGGUAGCUUUAAUGUCUGUGCUGCCCUCCAAUAGCACUAAGGCUGACCAGGUGUAUAUUCUGAAAUACUGCAUCGUGACAGACCGAGACGUGCCCCAGUUAGCUGUCUUUCAAGCAGGCAUGGUUUCCCAAGACUUCCUGUGUGUGUCCCUGAUGCUCUGGACUAGCGUGUACAUGGUGAAACUCCUCUUCAGUCACCACAAUGCUAUCCACCUUGUCCGCAGCUCCAGCCUCUGUCCCCAAACCUCUCCUGAAAUCAAGGCCGCCCACACCAUCCUGGCCCUCAUGGGCUGCUUUGUUCUCUUUUACUUCACCAACUGUUGCCUUACCAUUUACAUCGGUUUAGGACACAAUGUUCAAGAGCUAGAGAAUUACCUUAUUUUUGUUUCCUGUUGUUAUCCCACAAUCUGUCCUUUCUUGCUGAUCAAAAAUAAGGGCAGACUGUUCCGCUAG